GUAAUGAGAAAUCGCACAGUCAUAACAACAUUCAUCUUGUUGGGAUUUACAGAGGACCCACAGCUGCAAGUUCUGAUUUUUGUCUUCUUGUUUCUUACUUACGUGCUGAGCAUUACUGGAAAUCUGACUAUUAUCAUUCUAACAUCCCUAGAUUCUCAUCUUAAAACACCUAUGUAUUUUUUUCUCAGAAACUUCUCCUUCUUAGAAAUCUCAUUCACAACGGUCUGUAUUCCUAGAUUCCUGUAUAGCAUAUCAAGUGGGGACAAUACCAUUACUUAUAACGCCUGUGCUAGUCAAAUAUUUUUCAUUGGACUUUUUGGGGCCACAGAGUUUUUUCUCCUGGCAGCCAUGUCCUAUGACCGAUACGUGGCCAUCUGUAAACCCCUUCAUUACAUGACCAUCAUGAAUGGCAGAGUCUGCACCAUCCUUGUGCUCUGCUGCUGGAUCUCUGGGCUGAUGAUCAUCAUCACACCACUCAGUAUGGGCCUCCAGCUAGAAUUCUGUGACUCCAAUGCCAUUGAUCAUUUUGGCUGUGAUGCAGCUCCUCUUUUUAAGAUCUCAUGCUCAGAUACAUGGUUCAUUGAACAGAUGGUUAUAAUUUGUGCAGUGGUGACAUUCAUCAUUACAUUGAUAGGGGUUGUUCUUUCUUACGUGUAUAUCAUCAGGACAAUUCUAAGAUUUCCCUCUGCAUCACAGAGAAGAAAAGCUUUUUCCACUUGUUCUUCUCACAUGAUUGUUGUUUCCAUUACCUAUGGCAGCUGUAUUUUUAUCUACAUCAAGCCUUCAGCCAAAGAAGAAGUGGACAUUAACAAAGGGGUGUCUGUGCUCACUACAUCUGUUGCCCCGCUGUUGAACCCUUUUAUUUACACUUUGAGGAACAAACAGGUGAAACAAGCUGUCAAUGACAUAAUCAAAAAAACUGCACUUUUCUUACACAAUUAA